AUGAUGGUUGAGCCUAAAAGCCCUGAAGCCCUUGCGGUCUCAUUCGCCAGUGGCUGUCUCCUGCAUAUUCUCUUCUACCGUAGAGGAGAAUGGGACUCGCUUGCCCUCCGCAUCUUUCAAACCUAUGCUACAUUACCCAUCAUUGUAAUUGGGUUGUUACGCUUGGCUGAAUUUCAGGGGUGGCAGCAUGGCAACAAUCUUUCGGCUGCGUCUGUUCUUUUGCUUGAAGGUGCUCACAUACUCGGGCUUAUGACCAGCAUCCUCUGUUAUCGCACCGUCUUCCAUCCCCUGAACAAGUUCCCUGGGCCACUUAGCGCUCGAAUCUCAAAUUUCUACCCUACCUACCUCACUACCAAAAAUACUCAUCUCUAUGAGGAGGUUGAGCAACUCCAUCAGCAAUACGGCGAUUUUGUCAGAUUGGGGCCAACACAACUCUCCAUCACGCAUCCAAAGGCGAUCGAAGCGAUCUACUCUGCCAAGUCCCCAUGCACCAAAGGCCCAUUUUAUAAUAUUCUUAACCCUCGUAUCUCGUUACACAUGAUUCGCGAUCAUAAAGAGCACAGCACCAGGCGAAAGAUCUGGGACAGAGCCCUGAGCUCGAAAUCACUACGGGACUACGAACCUCGCGUCACGAAGUAUACUACACAAUUACUCGAUCGUCUCAAUGAGAUGCAAUGCACGACUAUCAACGCCUCGGACUGGUUGAACUUUUACAGCUUCGAUGUUAUGGGUGAUCUUGCAUUCGGCAAAUCCUUCAACAUGUUACGUGACGGUGUCAAUCAUUACUUCCUGAGUUCGCUGCAUGGCUCGAUGAAGAUGGUUGGUGCUCUUGCUCACAUUUCAUGGGUCAUCCCCAUUCUGAAACUCAUCCCCGCCGUCAAUUCUGAGGACCGACAGUUCUGGGCGUGGAUUUCAGGUCAGGUUGAAGAACGGUCAAGGAUGAAGCCUGACAACCCCGAUGUCUUUGCUUGGAUCCUUGAGGAGUACGAGCGCAAUCCAAAGACAUACCAGGCAAAGCUCAAUGUUGAAGCUGAAGCCUAUCUCAUCGCAGUUGCUGGAAGUGACACGACCGCUGCGACUUUGACAGGUCUUCUGUUUGAGCUGGCGACCAACCCCUCUCAAAUCAUCAAGCUGAGAGAGGAGAUUGACCAGUACUUUAUGGACAGAGAACACGCAGACCAUACAUCACUCUCCAACCUCAUUCACUUGAAUGCCGUCAUCGACGAGUCCCUUCGUUUGCAUCCGCCUGUCCCUUCAGGUUUGCAGAGAGUCACCCCUCCACAGGGACUGAUGGUUGGGGACACGUUCAUACCCGGCAAUACUAUCGUCCAGGUCCCAAUGCACACAAUUCAGCGAGAUGAACGCAAUUUCGCACGACCAUCAGAGUUCAUCCCGGAGCGUUGGACAACAUCACCCGAGUUGACCAAAGACAAGGGGGUCUAUGCACCCUUCUCGAUCGGUCGAUACUCUUGUGUCGGAAAGCAGCUUGGUUUGAUGGAAGUGAGAUACGUUAUAGCACAUAUUAUCAGGGCAUUCGAUGUGAGACUUGGUGAGGGUCAGACUCCAGAGGGCUUUUUGCAGGCGAAGAUGGAUACGUUUACACUGGCUACCCCAAAUCUUCACCUUGUGUUUACACCUCGUCCUACCAAAUGA